AUGUCUGACGCCGAGAAGCCGUCUUCUUCUGGCGAUAAAAACGACGAUGUCGAUGAACUGGCGAAGAUGCUUGACAACGCCGUCAAGGACUUUAAACCGUUAGUUUUGAUUGUUAGAAUGUUCCCCAAUCAAAAUAUCCAUUUUAGAGCUCCGCCAAAAAACACUGAUGAUGAGCUGGACGAGCUGAUGGCGGUCAAAGAUCAGGAAGCGGCUCAAAAGGCGGCCAGCGACUUCCAAAGCAUGCUGGCUCAAAUGGUCAAGGUCCAGGAGGUUUUUAUGGAACAAACAGCAAAUCUUAUUAAAUCGAAAGCAUUCAAGGAAGCGAUAAAACGAGCAGAAGAAGGCGGACCAGCGGCAGAAAAUGCGGAAUUCGAUCCGAAUGAUCCAGAAUCCAAGGAGAUGUUGGAGAUGAUCAAACAGCUCAUGGAUUGCUCUUCUCAGGUUUCUUUUUGGAAGUUUUUUGAUAAAUAAUAAAUUUUCUGAAAUUUUAGGUUGCUGGAGCCAAUUCCCCCGAAGAAUUCAUGGCCGGCCUCGAUAUGCUCCGAAAUCCGGAGUCUCCGAUGGAGCCUUUCAUGGCCAUGAUGAUGCAGGUAAGAGACUGUCAUUGUUUUUUAUAAGAUUCUUUACGAAAACAAAGAUUUAAGAUUUCCAUUGACUUGUUGUAUCACUAGAUACGUUAAAUUGGCAGUUUUUAUGUUUUUUUAUGCUCAUUUUGGAAAAAUAUUACAUUUUUUUGUCAAAUUUUCGCACUUUACAGCACUUUUUCUCUCACCGUGAAGUUUCUAUAACUUGAAAAACGUUUAAAUUUCGGUCAUACUUUUAAAAAAAUUUCAGGUUUUUCCCAACUAUUUCAAGAUAAAACUAAAUUCAAAAAAAUAUGUUUGCUUAACUUUUUUUGCUGCUGAAUACCUGGUUAUCCUUUUCCAAAUAAAAUUCUCAUUCUUUAGUAUACUUGGCCUUUUAAAAUUUAAGUUUGUAUGCCGAGCAAAAUUGGUCUAUUCAAUUAGUUUUUCAGAUUUCAGAGACUUUUUUGCUUUUUGAGAGUGUUAAGAGUUUUCUAUCCAACUUAGUGUACUUUUAGACGUUUCUAAUUUUUAUUUUAUUGUAUUUUGUUGCCGCUUUUUAAUUUAUUGUAAGUUGUUUAUUUGUUGUAAGUUGUUGACGCUUUGAAAAAAAAAGAUUUUCCAGACGCUUGCCUCCAAAGAGUUCAUGUACCCGCCGCUCAAGGAAAUCCACGACAACUUCCCUAAAUAUUUCGAAGAACAUGGAGCCGAACUGGAUGCUGAAACUCGGGCCAGAUAUGAUAAGCAAUACGAGGUUUCAUCAUUUAUAAUGUUUAAGUUGUAAUUUCCUUUUUGUCAAGGUUCUCGGAACGAUUUGCGCCGAGUUUGAAAGCCAAUCUUCUGCCGGCGUUCCCUUGGAAGAAGCCGCUGUACAGCCUGCCGACGGUCAGGCUGAUCCAAAUGUGGGAAAUAUUUUUGUCGCCUUUUUUCAUUAUGAUGUACCUUUCUAGGUUCAAAACUGAAACAAAUUCUCUUUUCCGGCAAUGUGCGAUCUAUAAUAGAUUUUUUCAGGAAGAAAAACGGAUUGAACAAUUUGAACGACUCGGGAAAUUGCUCGUCGAACUCCAAUCCUACGGCUACCCACCGAAAGAACUCGUUGGACAGCUUCCUGAUGGCAAGUUUCACAGAAAUAAAGGAACACAAGCUUGAGAAAAAAACAUCCCGAUAAUUUUGUGAUAUAAAUGAUCAAUUCACCUUAAUUCAAAUUUAAAAAAAUUCUAGUUUAUGUUAUUCAUUAUAUGAAAAACAUGAACAUAAAAUAACGUCGUUUCGAGAGCUACGCCCCGCUCACAAAAAAGUCGUCAAAUAAGAUGUUUCUCGUGCAUGUACCGCCGACGAAAAUUAGCAUACUGCCAAAGUUUUUAUAGAUUUUUUGGACGAAAAAAACUUUUUUGAAGCAAAAAAAGGGUAACAGUAAAUAAAUAUUUGCUCAUUUAUUCUUCAAUAUCAAAACGGGAAACACCAAAGAAAUAAAAUUUUAAUCGAUAUUUGAGUGUGAGAAAUAAAACAUUUUGAUUUUGAUUGAUUUGAUUGAUAUAUAUCUUUAAAUAAAAAGUUAAUUGAAUCAGUUUUUGCACGAGAAAAAAAACUGCAAAUAGAAAAAUUUUUUUGAAGGUUGGGGCCUAGACGACAAUACGGGACUCCCACGUGUCGAGAAUUCUGAAGCCGCUGUCAAUGCCUGCUCAAUUAUGUAA